AUGGUCGGGGGACUCAGCGAAGCCAGGGAGAGAUGCAAAUUUUGUGGUCCGGGGCUUGGGGCUGCCCAAUUUAAGCCCCAUAACUCAGACCGCAGCGUUGGAGAAAUUAGUUCAGGCCAGGGAGCUGCUCCUCGUGCUUAUCGAGCGUGGGAAUCAAAGAUUUGA